AUGCUGAGAAUUCAAAAUGACCCAAACCUCAAUGUUUACCUGGACUAUGCUGUGGAUGUGUUCAUCAACAUUCGCACACAACUGGUCAAUGAUGACACAACCGAAGAUCAAGCAAUGCAAUUGCUUCAGAAUAUCUGGGAGGCCAACAACAAUGCAGUCAAGAUUUUAUGGCAACAACAGGAGGAGAAAAAGAAGAAUAAGCACAAGUUCAUUCCAAUCCUUGAAGAAGGCAUACCUGAUGACCCGGUCAUCACACCAUGCUCUUAUGCUCCGAGGAAGCUCAACAAGGGCGAGUAUGUGGAACUCUGGUACUUCACUAAUGAUGGACUAGAUGAAGCCAAUACAAAGAAGACCAUUGAUGAUGAUGCCAUGAUUCUUUCUACAUUGGCGGACAGCUCAAUGGCCUGGGUAUCAUCAGCUUCUACAUGGAGCAGGCGGGUAGUAGUAAAUGAUGAAAACUUACCCUUCAAAGAGUUCUGUCAGGCUUGCCCCUGCUUUCUGGUAGUGAUAGAGGAAGUGGACUGGCCAGAGGACAGAGUUUGCAUGAUAGCACACUUCUGGUUGAACAUACAAGUUCACAAAUACUGGUCACUUUGA